AUUCCUCUCUCAUCAGUUCUCUCCAGUCACCACCACCGACCGAAAUGAAACGGAAAGAACCCUAGUUUACUCUUUAUUCCUUGCUCCAGUAAUCUCUGAACUCACUCUCACAGUCUUCGAUUUCUACUUUCUUAUGAAAGGCAAGCUCAACUGUACAUAUUACAUAACAAUCUAUGAUGCAAGACUUCGUUGGCUCUGUUCGUCGAUCUCUGGUUUUCCGAAGCACAGAUAGAGAUGAAGGGGGAUUUGGAGGUCUGGUUGAGAAGAUUGGUACUUGUCUACGGAAAUCAAGGGUUGGCUCUCUCUCUAGACCUUUCCCUCCGGCACUGCCUCCCAUUGUGAAGGAGAAGGACAAUGUGCCUCCGAUCAGAUGGCGCAAGGGAGAAUUGAUCGGUUGUGGUGCCUUUGGUCGAGUUUAUAUGGGGAUGAAUCUCGAUUCCGGAGAGCUUCUUGCUGUGAAGCAGGUUCUGAUCCCGGCCAACUAUGCGUCCAAGGAGAAAGCACAGGCUCAUAUUCGGGAGCUCGAGGAAGAAGUGAAGCUUCUUAAGAAUCUCUCUCAUCCUAACAUAGUUAGAUACUUGGGAACUGUUAGAGAGGAGGAAACAUUAAAUAUUCUGUUGGAAUUUGUUCCCGGUGGAUCUAUCUCAUCCCUUCUUGGCAAAUUUGGGUCUUUUCCUGAACCUGUAAUAAGAAUGUACACAAAGCAGCUAUUAUUGGGACUGGAGUAUCUUCAUAAGAAUGGAAUUAUGCAUAGGGAUAUUAAGGGGGCAAACAUCCUUGUAGAUAAUAAAGGUUGUAUCAAGCUUGCUGACUUUGGUGCAUCGAAGCAAGUGGUUGAACUUGCUACGAUAUCGGGUGCUAAGUCAAUGAAGGGUACACCAUAUUGGAUGGCUCCUGAAGUCAUUCUUCAAACAGGGCAUAGCUUCUCAGCCGAUAUUUGGAGUGUUGGGUGUACUAUUAUUGAGAUGGCAACUGGAAAGCCUCCUUGGAGCCAGCAAUACCAAGAGGUUGCUGCUCUUUUCCAUAUUGGUACAACAAAGUCUCAUCCACCAAUCCCUGAGCACCUUUCUGUUGAGGCAAAAGAUUUUCUGUUGAAAUGUCUGCAAAAGGAACCAAACCUCAGACCCACUGCAUCAGAAUUGCUACAGCAUCCAUUUGUUACUGGAGAAUACCUAGAUCCUCAUCUAAUCCGUUGCACUUCAGCUAUGGAAGCUUCUGCAAGCAUUUUGCCUUCAUCUGGAUCAAGUAUGAAGAACUCAUAUAGUCCUGCUCUCAGAUCUCGGACAACCUGCGGCGGCUUGAAGGAUGUUUUUGAUAUGGGUAGUGUGAGGUGCUCAACUGUAUAUCCUGAGAAGUUCUCAGGGAUUGGACAAUGGGGAAUGAGAACAAGUGAUGAGAUGUGUCAGAUUGAUGAUAAAGAUGAUUUUUUGCUGGAUCAAUCAGUAAAACUCAAUUCCGUCUCUGUAAUGGAUGAUUUCAAUAAGAGUUUUAAUCCCAUUAGUGAGCCGACUGAUGAUUGGCCAUGCAAGUUUGAUGAAAGUCCUGGGAUAGAAGGCAGAGGAAUAGACUUGCACUCAGGUCAUCCAGUCAGUGGCAUUUCUGGGAGUCCUGGAGCAUCUGCCAAGGUUGACAAUGAUUUUUCAUUUCCGUGCGGUCCAUCAGUAUCUGAGGAUGAUGAUGAAAUUAUCGAGUCAAAAAUAAGAGCAUUCCUGGACGAGAAGGCUCUAGAUUUAAAGAAGCUGCAAACACCACUUUAUGAGGAGUUCUAUAACACAUUAAAUGCUUCUGGGCCUCUGGGUCUUGCCAGGAGCACAAAUAAUGAAAAUGCAACAAACUAUUUGAAGUUGCCUCCAAAAAGCAAGUCACCGAGUCGUGCUCCUAGUGGAACGCCAUCCUCAGCUGUUGAUGCUGCGAAUACUGCCAGUCCUGGGAGUUGUAGCAGGUUUGUAUCUAACAUCGACUCUCAUAACAAUCGAUAUCUGCGGGAAAUCCCUUCACCUCAACAGAAUGAAUGGAAAGGGCUUCUUCUUGAUAGUCGGCAGGAAUCAACCAGUCCAAGUUUAAGUUUCUCUGAGAGACAGAGGAAGUGGAAAGAGGAGCUAGACCAAGAACUUGAAAGAAAACGUGAGAUGAUGCGUCAGGCAGGUGUUGGUGCAAGGACAUCAUCUCCUAAGGAUCCAGUUUUAAAUCGGCAUAGAGAUCGGUUGUGGUUUGCAUCCCCAGGCAAAUGAAUGUAUUUACAUGUGUAUGUACUACUGUUCAUUGUUUUCCCAUCGAGUAUUAAUGUAUAUGUAGCUAUAUUUUUCUUGAAAUGGUCUAAUAAUACAAAGUGGCCACAAGCUAUCUCUACAUGCAAGCAAGCAAGGCACCACAUACCCAUCUUGUUCAGUUUCUUGUGGUUCUGCCUGAAAAUCACAGCAGUAUCCUUUUAUGCUUUUAAGCUUAACUGUAUGUCCAUGUUAUUGCUUAAUAUGAAACAUAAUUGAGUUUUUGUUUGGAGAGAA